AUGAGUGAGAGUGACAGUCAGUUUUUAGCCGAUGACGUUGCUCGUUUGAAUCAAAAAUUACGAGGGAUGUCUGUCCGUCAACCGACGACUGUAUCUACAAAGAUAAAAGUGAUUCGAGAGUCCCUUCCUGCUUUCGAGCAUCGUGAAGAGAUCAUCCAAAGUGUUCGACAGAAUCAAGUUGUAAUUAUCUCAGGGGACACGGGGUGUGGGAAGUCCACACAAGUCCCUCAAUUCAUCUUUGAAGAUGCUCUCGCCAACAAUGAAUAUGUUAAAAUUGCUUGCACGCAGCCUCGUAGAAUAGCAGCGACAAGUUUAGCUGAACGAGUUUCAGAGGAAGUUGGGUGUUCGAUCGGGACUGCGGUAGGGUAUCAAAUAGGGUUAGAGAAGAUGGCGGACAAAGAAACAAAUGUUCUCUACUUGACACCUGGGGUGUUACAAAACCAGUUAAUGCGUCGUGAUGGGCGCACGAUGUACACGCAUAUAAUAAUAGAUGAAGCACAUGAGCGGGACAUCGACACCGAGUUUUGUUUAAUGUUAAUACGGAAAUUUGUGAGUAAAACUACGGUGCGACUGAUUAUUAUGUCUGCGAUGAUGGACGUCGACUUGUUUCGCCUUCACUUCAUGUUAGAGUCUGAUCAGAACGUCCACUCCCCCAUGCAAUUUGUCUUAUCCGAUUUUAAAGACCAAGAAGAGCUGAAGAUGUCCAACCCUGAAACAUUGACGAAGCCACCCUUAUUAAACAUUGGAGGGAAAAGAUACCCCGUCGACGAGUUUUACUUAGAAGACGUGUUAGAGAAGUGUGGGAAAACAUUUGACUCUGCAUAUCCAUUUGAUCAAGAGCAAUAUGUUUUUAAUACACUAUACCCUGAAUUGGAUAAACGAACACUGGCACUUGGUGUUGAGUUGAUUGCAUUACUUGUCAAGUCCCAAGACCCAAUCUGCAUUUUAGUCUUCUUGCCAGGGAUGGCGGAGAUCGAGGAGAUGCGCGCGCAGAUCGAAAGUGAGCAACACAUCACGCAGUCGAAUUGUGUCAUCAAAAUGUUACACUCGACGAUAAGUAUGGUCGAGCAGAAGUCGAUCUUCAUCGAAGCGGAUUAUCACAGGAUCAUCUUAUCGUCGAAUAUCGCGGAAAGCUCUAUUACGGUGCCUGGCGUGAAAGUGGUGAUCAACUUUGGGAUGGAAAAAGUGAUGCAAUUUGAUCCAUUGAUGAACAUCGAAGCGUUGAAAUUGUCGUGGAUCUCAGGAGCAAGUGAGACGCAGCGAGUUGGUCGAGCCGGGAGAGUUUCUUCUGGUCAAUGUUUCCAUAUGUAUCCCCGUGAGUUUGCUCGUCAUUUAGCACGAUACUCGACACCGGAGAUUCAGAGGACUUCAUUAGAAACAAUUAUGUUGAAAGUCCUUGAAAUGGGGGAAGGAAGAGACAUCUUAGAUUAUGGGGUACAACCCCCUGCAACACGAAACAUCGAAAGGUCUGUGGACAAUUUAUUGGUUGGAGGGUUUUGUGUGAAGUCUGCUGCGAAUGACUCGAAAAUAGUGAUUGCGCCAUUGGGGAAGUUUGCAGUGAAGUUGCCAUUAGACUACCGGUUGUCGAAAUUGGUCUUCUUUGGACUCUAUUUUGGGAUCUUCACGGAGUGCGCAAAGGCCGCCGCGUUAUUUGGAACAGCAGAUUGGUCGAGGAGAGACACGGCAGAGGCUCUUCAUCGGAAAAUGAAUGUCGACAAGUUAUAUAGUGAUGUCGUUGGAGCCCUCAUUUUGAGUGAUUCUAAUAGACGAGAAGUGACUAAUACUGUGACCGAACUUAUUAGAAGAAUUUUCAUCGACCCCCGUGAUAAAAAGUUGUAUGAUAAAUACCCAAUUAAAUCACUUGAUGGGGAGUAUCGCAUGCACUUAGCACUCUUUGCGGCAUUUUACCCAAGUUAUUUCACGACAGAGUCUGCCGAUGACAGACUCUCCGAAGCAAUUCAAUGUGUUUGUGCGUCGAGUGAUAAGAUGGGGCAAUGCAAAAUGGACCCCUGGUACACAAUUGCGUUCAGAAAUGUACCGGAUGAGAUGCCGGACGAACAAUUUGGGAUUCAAUUGCAGAAGUACUUUGAACGGAUCUUUGGGAAGAGAAGUGUCAUUCAAAAUAUCAGAAGAACAGACCGGUUUAGAUUAGUCGAGUUUAUUAAAAAUAGAGACGACACAUCUUCAAAGCAGUUGCACCCUUGGGGCACUGAAAUGAGGUACGUUUACAUGGCUUUGGAGUGGUUAUCACAAACUUCGUUUUAUGUUCGAGCAACGGCUCAAAGUGUGUCAGUUCGAACAUAUUCCUCACACACCUUUGGAGCUUCAUUAGUCAAUUAUUUCACACACGCGCCAGCAAAGAUAGAAGGAGGGAGUAGCUUAGCUCCACUGAUGAUGAAGAAGUCUUUGAAGAACAUCUCCAAUGACAGUGGCGAGCAAAUGUUUUCAGUGGAGAAUCCGGACUAUGCUGUUGUGUGUGGAAUCAUUGGGGAGAGUAACUCUGGGAAUACGAUGUGUCGAAAGAUCAAUGUGUUUCCGACGAAAUUUGGCAGUAAACACCUUCCCUUGUUAGCAAUGUUGUUUACACCGACCCCUGUCCUUCCUUUGUAUAACAAAGCACAAACAAAACUGAGAGGAAUUCUUUUUGCACAUUUACAACGAAGUGUUGUUGUUAAGACUUAUAUCGACGAGACAACACUAAUUGGGAUUAAUAAAGUGCGAGAGGACAUUAAGAGGUUUAUGACACAAUUUGAAAUGCGAAAGGACUAUGCAAGACCAACAGAGGCGAUUCGGACGAUCAAUGGAAUAUUGGAGAUGACGAGAGAAAAGAUGGCGGGAAGGGAAAUCCCCGUCUCAGACAGUAAUUUGGACUUCAUCAAGAAACUCCAAAUCUCAAAGUACUUGUUUGGUCCACAUUUGUUCUCGCAGAUGAACACGUUGAAGAUCCCAGAAGACUUGGAGUUGUCUGAAGAUGACGAGGUGGAAGACGCUUCAAAUCGAAUCGACCAAUUUUUGUACUUAGAGAAGUUGGCGAAAGGAUGGUACCCCGAGAAGGAAAUCAUUUGUGCUGUGUGUAAAAAGGUCAUUUGUCAUUUAAAAAAUGUGAAACGGCCGGAGGGCUACAUGCAAAGAAAUGUCAUUGGAGUCAUGACUUGUGUCUUUGGAUUACUGAAACCGGGUGUAGAUCCACGAAUAGGAUGUUGCAUGAAUGGACAUCAGUGUUGUUUAACAACAAACAAGAAUUAUAUACUCACACCAGACUCUUCUGUUAAAGUUAUUAACUGCGACGGUGUAGAACUCGAAUGGAGCCAAAAGGUAUAUGACAACUUCUUCGCGGGGAUCGGAGGGACUUCAACAGAACCCCCACCCAUUCCUCCUGGUGACAGAAAUAUCGAUUACGCCUGCCCUUUCUGUCAAACAACACUUUCUUCAAAAGAAGAAUUCUUGAAACACACGUUACUCAACGCUCACAGAACUAAUGAACAACAUUACAGACAAGUCUACACUCAGAGAUACUUGGAAAAGAAGAAAAAAUGA